AUGAUUCGCUUCUAUCACGCUCUGUUCAGCCUCUCUGCAUAUUUCUUAAUUCUUGCUUCAUAUCUUUCGCCCGGCGUUUCAGCAUAUUUAAUUCCGGAAGAAAGAGCUGCGCCGGUUGCUCCCGAUGGCUAUACUCCAGCCCGCGUUGAUUGCCCGGCUAACACGCCAAGAGUCCGCAGAGCAACGGGUUUGUCGAUUAAUGAAACAGAUUGGCUGCCUCAGCGCACAAACAAUACUGUCUCGGCAAUGAAAGAUCUUCUCAGUCGUAUCAAUAUUACCGGCAUUGACACUGGCAGAUACAUCGACAACCUCACCAGUAAUGGCGGCACGGGCCUUCCACGAGUUGCCAUUGCUAUUUCUGGAGGAGGCUAUCGAGCGCUCAUGAAUGGCGCCGGUGCUCUCGCGGCAUUUGACAACAGAUCAACAGAUGCGACACAGACCGGCCACCUCGGAGGUCUUUUGCAGUCAGCGACGUACCUUAGUGGCUUAUCUGGCGGAAGCUGGCUCGUGGGCAGCCUUUACGUGCAGAACUUUACCUCGGUUGAGUCUAUCGUGCUCUCUACCAGUGGAUUUCUCAGUACUCUCUGGCGAUUUGACCAUUCCAUCUUUGACGGGCCCUCGGACCUCAAUAUCGUAAGGUAUUAUACUCAGCUCUUUGACGCUGUCAACGAUAAAAAGAAGGCUGGCUUCAAUACGUCAAUUACCGACUAUUGGGGCAGAGCCUUAUCCUAUCAGCUUGUUGAUCCUUCCGAUGGAGGGCCUGGUAUGACUCUUCAACUAGAACCCAUGAAACACGCUGACUAUUCCAAAGCGGUUACGUUUUCAUCCAUCGCAAACGACACAGAGUUUCGAACAGCUCAAGCCCCUAUGCCUUUAAUUGUGGCUGUCGAAAGAACCUCAGGACAGGUGCAAAUCGCUGCCAACUCAACGGUUUUUGAGUUUAACCCCUGGGAGAUGGGAUCGUACGACCCAGGCCUCGAGGCAUUUGCGCCGCUUCAGUUCGUAGGCUCCAACUUUACUAACGGCACCAUCCCCAGAAAUGGAGAGUGUUUUGCUGGAGUUGAUAACGCAGGCUUUGUCAUGGGUACAUCGUCUUCUUUGUUCAACCAGGCACUCUUGCAAAUUGGACAGGUUCAAGGUGUACCAGACUUCUUGCUCAACGCCAUCAAUGAUACACUAACAGACAUUGGGGAUGAUAACAGAGAUAUCGCCGCCUGGCCAAAUCCAUUCUUUGGAUACAAUGCCAGUGUAAAUGUGAACGCGAACGAGACACAGCUGACUCUUGUGGACGGUGGUGAAGACUUACAAAACAUACCUCUACAUCCCCUAAUCCUACCUCAGCGAAGGGUUGACGUGAUCUUUGCGGUUGACGGCUCUGCUGAUACGGCAACGUUGUGGCCAAACGGCACGGCCAUGGUGGCUACAUUUAAUAGAUCGGAAGCCACAACCUCCUCAGCUGACGACAACCGCUUCCCAGAUGUUCCGGAUCAAAAUACCUUUGUCAAUCUGGGCUUAAAUAACCGGCCUACCUUUUUCGGCUGCAGCAACCGCAGUUCGGGUCCUCUCAUCGUUUACCUGCCCAAUGCUCCGCUCUCGUUCCACUCCAACGUCUCAACGUUCGAUUUGAAGUACACCAUCGAGGAACGCAAUCAGAUCAUCCAGAAUGGAUACAAUAUGGCGACCAGAGGCAAUGGCUCGGUGGAUGCAAACUGGCCGGCAUGCGUCGGCUGCGCCAUUUUGUCGCGAAGCUUCAAUAGAACCAGGACAGCUGUUCCUGCAAUAUGCAGAGACUGCUUCACGCGAUAUUGCUGGAAUGGUACAACAAACAACACUUUGCCUAAUACGUAUGAACCCGCGCAAAUCCUGCAGGGUGCAACAGAGCAGUCGACUUCUUCGGCUGGUCGGGUGAGCGGGACGCUGUUGUUGGCUGUUAUUGCGCUGCUACUGGCGAUCUGA